GCCAGCCUUUUGAGGUGGUGAAGAUCAACUGCAGCGUGAAAAAGUUUAGAUUUGUUCACAAAAGGUUGCAUCUUAAUCCCAGGAGAAGGAGUGCGGGCUUCAUUCAAGAAAAUAGCUUGUUUUCCCUGUGAUUAGCUGGAUAAGACGACGUGAGUGGACCCUGGUGUUAUGGAGAAAUUCAAAGCAGCCAUGGUUCUGGGUGCUAGUGGGGAUGCCUUGGGCUACAGAAAGGGUCAUUGGGAGAGCUGCACCUCAGGCAAGAAGAUCCAAGAGGAACUGGCCUCUUUAGGGGGACUGGGGGCCCAGAAGUUAGACCCUGAUAACUGGCCCCUGAGUGAUGCGACACUUAUGCACAUGACCACAGCAGAAGCACUUGUAACAGAUUACUGGUGUCUGGAAGACCUGUACCGGGAGCUGGUGCGUCUCUAUGUUGAAGCCAUGGUGUCUCUCCAGGGCAAAGCUCCAGAUCCUGCCACUGUGGAGGGCUGUGUUCACCUCAAACCACACAACUUCCUGCUCGCCUGGCACACACCGUUUAAUGAAAAAGGGUCCGGUUUUGGGGCAGCUGCCAAAGCCAUGUGUGUGGGUAUGAGAUAUUGGCAGCCUGAGAGAUUAGACAACCUGGUGGAGGUCAGCAUAGAGAUUGGCAGAAUGACCCACAACCAUCCGACAGGCUUCCUAGGCUCCCUGACAUCAGCACUGUUUGCAUCCUAUGCGAUCCAGGGGAAACCUGUUGUGACUUGGGGCCGUGAGCUCAUGAAGGUCAUCCCUCGAGCUGAGGAGUACUGCAAGAAGACUAUACGACACAUGUCAGAAUAUCAGGAAAACUGGUUCUACUUUGAGGCCAAGUGGCAGUUUUACCUGGAAGAGAGAGAGAUUGAGAACGAGGGACAGAACAAAGCGGCAUUCCCUGAUUCUUAUGACCCAGAGGAGACGGACAAGAUAUACAAGCGCUGGAGCUCAGAGGGUCGUGCAGGCCGCAGAGGUCACGAUGCUCCCAUGAUAGCCUACGAUGCCCUUCUAGCUGCCGGCAGUGACUGGGACGAACUGUGUAAACGAGCCAUGUUCCAUGGAGGUGAGAGUGAAGCCACAGGUCUGAUCGCUGGCUGUCUCUAUGGCCUCAUGCAUGGCCUGGGCAAGGUUCCCCAAAGUCUGUACCAGAAUCUGGACAAAAGAGAGCGCCUGGAGGAACUGGGAGAAGCGCUUUACAAAGCAGCAUCUGCAGAGAAGUGCAUAGACAAGUAAUUCUUCUCUUCACUGGCCUGAACCCUUCUGGCUGCACAAAGGAACUGCACAUGCCUCUAAAACUGCCUGCUUAUAUCCUACAUUACUCUCUAGUCAUAUACAGUACAGUACUGUAUACACUGAUCUGUAAUGAACUGACAUAGUUUAAUUGCCUCUGCUGGCAGCUGCAAAACAUGCAGCAAUGACUGCAAGUAUUUUCUUGGGGUACGUGUGCUUGAUUCAAGUCCUCCCUCAAAUGCUUGUUUUUGUCGCUGACAGACUCAAAUUGUGUUUCAAAUGUCUGACAGUAUCAUGUGAAGGAUAUAUGCAGAGAUAGGCUUCAUGUUCAACAACCAACAUGUAUUUCCUUCUCUGACAUCCUUUUCUAAAACUAACUUGUAUUAACAUGAAGCACAAACCGAUGUAAUGGAAAAACAAUGUGUAAGUUUAAGAUAGGCCUACAGCCUAUCUGCUUUGAAGAUACAUCUCUCGUCACAGAAAGCUUCAAAUAUUUUUGAACUAGAGUAAUCUUUUUAAUGCAUGUAUGUCCUGAACUGUUUGAAUGAUUUUUAACUUUUAUGCAUUACAUUACUAAGGUGUAAUACUUCUAUCUUAUACACUGUAAUCAAUUAUAAUUUGCACUGUGAUGCUCUUAUCAGGUUUAGUGUACUUUAUUAUGAAAAUCCCCAUCACAUGGUGAAUAUUAAUACGAUAUAAACAUUAAAAUGGACUGAGAUAAAUAUG